AUGCCACGGAGGAGGAAAACUGGUGGGAGUCCUUCUCGGAAGAAUAGCACUUUUGUCAGAACUGCUAUUGCUGUAUCCCAGGGGUACCCAAGCCGCUCGGUGUCACAAGCAGCGUAUGGCAUCAAUAAGGAAGAGCUCUUCAACAGCAUGUCUGAGAUGUUUUCUGACCUAGAUCCUAGUGUGGUUUAUAUGGUUCUGUCUGAAUGUGAUUUUAAAGUAGAAAAUGCUAUGGAUUAUCUGCUAGAGCUGUCCACCCAUGCCAAAGGAGUAGCAUCUUCAGAAACCUUGGGUUUUAAUUCAGUAGCAUCAUCACUAGCUCAUGUUAAUCGGCAGAGGUCUCUUGCAUAUAAAAGCAUGGGGGAAAGUACUGCAGAACAAAGUAAUUCUGAAGAAGAGAAAGAAAAGAUCCUAUCGCCUGAUGUGCAGCUGACUGAAGAACUGGAUUCCUUGCUAGAAAAUGCCGUUCAGAGCUACAGCUUGAGUGAUGAAUUGCCCACUUCUGCAAAUGACCAAAUGGUAUACGAGCACUCUGUGGAACAUGAUGGCUUUAAUGAGUUUCUGGAGUGGGAAGAACCUGAUUCGGGUUGCAAUGUCCUGCUUCUUCCACAGCAAACAGGGACAUAUAAUGAGGUUUUAGAAAACUUCUGCUCUUCGCAGCCAGCAGUCAGUCAGCUGAGGGUCCAGACAAGCUCACCAGCUGCAUCAGGCAUGUUUGCAGAGACGUUGGAAGAUACAGAUUUGUCAGAAAUAAAUGUUCAAUAUGACAUAGCCUCAGAAGGUUAUAAACAAUCGAAUGGAGAAAUAGCAUGUGGAAAUUCUGAUCAGACACAAGAUACUGUUUUGGAUAAAAAAAAUGUGGCUGCUGUUUCUGGUGAGUCCUCCCAACGACAUCUGGAACUUGGAGUAGAUGUCACUGGAAACACUAAUUCAAAGUGCCUGGAACAGCACCAAGAGGUAGUGACUGCCUUUAACAGCCACCAGAACGCUUCUUUUCCAGAGACUUAUGUCCCUCUUGAAACAGGCAUUUACAAUACACAAAACCCUGCAGAUCUUCAGCAAAUUCACUGGGGUUAUAACUUAAAUUUUUCUACACCGUCAUGUCAAUCUCAGCAACACUGGAAUCUCAUGGCUCCCACGUUUUAUCCAUCCAGUGGAAGUCACAGCUUUGUAACUCCUGUGGUUGUCGGUCCAGGGCAGUGGAGACCUGAUUCAGACUGUAGGACUUUGGAAAAAAGAUUUUCUUUUCCCUCUCCAGUGGUUUCAAAUGCCCAGGAUAGCAACCCUUCUCUGAAGGUAUGGGGAAAUCAAGAUAGAAACUCAAAAUUGAACCUCUCGCAAGCACAGCAGCCACCUGUUUGUCACAUGAUGAGAAAAAAGAUGCACCUUGUAGGUCAAGUACUUGUUCUUCUCAGAGGUGUUCCAGGAUCAGGAAAAUCCUAUUUGGCAAGGACUUUGCUUGAAGAUAACCCAGGUGGAAUUGUUCUUAGUACGGAUGAUUACUUUUAUAAACAUGGACAAUACCAUUAUGAUCCUGAUUGCUUAGGGGAAGCACAUGAGUGGAACAGGAAACGAGCCAAAGACGCGUUUGAAAUGAGAAUCUCUCCUAUAAUAAUAGACAACACAAACAUACAAGCAUGGGAGAUGAAGCCUUAUGUUGCUUUGGCUCAGCAGUUCAAAUACAAAGUUAUGUUCCGAGAACCAGACACUUGGUGGAAGUUUAAACCAAAAGAACUUGAGAGGCGAAACAUUCAUGGUGUAUCUAAAGAAAAGAUCAAAAGAAUGUUGGAACGAUACGAACGCUGCCUUACUGUUAGGUCAAUAUUGGAUUCUUCAGUCCCAGGCAAAUCAGAAGCUGCUGGCUGGAGUGAAGAUUCUUGUCAGGAGGAAAGCCGUAGAAAGAGAGAGGAACGUUCUGAUGCAAAGGAAGAAAAACCUUUUCUUGCUUCUGUUCUGGACCGUCUUGAAUUAGCUGAAGAUGAUAAAACUUCUCCCCAUACUUCUCUAACACUAAAAAGAAGCUGUGAUCCUAAACAUUUUCAGAAAGAGGAAAAAGAAAUGGAAAAUAACUCAGUGGAACACGGUUCUGAGAACACUGCUAUUCAAGAUGACUUGGAUGUUAAUUUAUCAGAUUGUGUAGAAAAAGAACUGCCCUUGGAGAAUAAAGAAGAAAAGGGAGAAAAAAUAGAAAAAAAUACUGAAACAGAAAUGGAUGAGGUUCACGUGACCACAACUGAAGAGAUUGUGUGCUCACAUACAGGAGGAGUUGGGGAAAACAGUGAUAACAUUCCCAAAGUUGAACCAGAGGUUAAACAAACUGGUGAAAUAUGUACGGAAACAAAAUCAACAGAAAAUAGUAACAUAAUGGAACCAAUCAGUUCAGCUUUUGAUGUGUUGGGAAAACCAGAACUACUAAACUUCCUGGGUGACUGGCCUGUAGAACAAACAAUGGGACAGAGAGUGAAAAGAGCUAGAAGACUAGAAAAAUCUUCUCUGCAGUGUGAUAAAGAAAGUAAAACUCCCAGUCAGCAGCAUCCUGAUUUAGGUGUAGAGCAAGUGGGCCUGCCUGGGACCUGUGCUGUUGAAAAAGGACACAAGGAAGAAAGUCCAGCCUCUAAGUGUUCCUCUGUUAAUUCAGAUACGGUUAUACCAGAACUGCAAAUGGUGGGACAUUGGCCUGUCUCAGGCUCAUUAGAACAGAGGCAACAAAGGUCAAGGAGAGUGAGAAAGGCAAGUCUAAAUCAGUCUGAUGAAGGUAGAAAUGAUGAAGGAGACAUUAAUAGAAAUGCUCUUGAGACUGUAGAUGUGCUUCGUGGGACACCUCUGAACACUGCAGAGCAACUGGAUAUAGAGAGUUUGCAUAUGCACCAACCUGAAACAGUAGAUGAGAAAAAAACCCAGCAAAAUAAGAGAAUGAGGAAACAUCACAAGUUAGCCCUCACUUUUACAAACAACAAUAUAGCCCAUCCCAAAGAAGAGGAGCACUUGUCUGUGGCUAAUGCAGCAGAAGAGAAACAGGAUGCGUGCUCAUGUAGACAAAAAAGUAGCUAUUCCCAGACUGAAUCACAGGACUUUGCUCUCCUGUGGAGAUUAGAAAAGAAAAUGCUUUUUACGGAGACUACCAAAGUGUUGCACGGCAGGCUAGAUGGCUUCAAACCCAAAGAUGUUGAUAAUGCCUCAGAUUGUCAGGAAAAAAUACCCUAUCGAGUUACGUAUGAUAAAAGUACAUUUGUGGAAGAAAGCGAACUUAUCAAUAUUGAUGAGUCUGAAAAGCUAAAUAUGCUGUGUAAGCUCUUUGAGUCUGUUUCAUUUGAAGCUGUGAAAGAUCUGUAUGAAAGAUGUAACAAAGACAUAGACUGGGCCACAGGGCUGCUGUUAGACUCUGAUGAAAAGUUACGCAGAGAUGUUGAUACUGAAAGCUUUCAAGGAAAAGAAGCUGAGCCAGUCGUCACUGAACUUGAUUUCAAGGCAAGCACAAGCUAUGGUGAGAAUCUCAAAGACUGUGAACAAAUGCCGCAAGUAAUUGGGGCUGGUGAUAUCUCCGAGCCUUCAGAAGACAAGAACUCAUCAGUCAGCAUUGCAGAAACUACAGCUACCAAGGCAACUCUGAUGGAUGCUAAUGUGUCUGACUCGUCAACUGCUGUCUCAGUGAAUGAUUUGGAGGGACUGAAAAACUCAGGAGAUGCAGCCCCUGGAGCUGAUGCAGGCAGCUCAGCAGCAGGUAUCACUGAGCCAUCUGUUCCAGGUGAGCAGAAGACAGAAUCCGAGAGUCCUGUUGAAGAAACUGUAAAUCAGCCAUCAGUCUCACAGACUGAUGUGGGUUUCUGUGUACCCAUGAAUUUGCCUCCUGGUCAUAACACAACUUCUACUGAUUUGAAAUUUGAAUUAAAUACUGAAAGUGACAGUAACCCCUCAGAAAGCAGUGCAGGGAAUUCCAAAGUGGCUGCUUCGUUACUGGAAAUGGAUCACGUACUUCUGGUUGGUCCCACGAGUGAUAAAGAACUGGAGAUAGAUGGAGAAACCCAGGGGAGUUCCAGGGACACAUGUGGUAAAGAAGAAAUUGAAACUCCAAGCUGUGAUGAAGCUAAAGCCAAAGUACAAAGCCCUAAACCAUCAUCACAUGCAGCCUUCAAUAUAGAUUGCCUAGAGCUGACAUUACCUCCUGAACUGGCGUUCCAAUUAAAAGAAAUAUUUGGGCCUGUUGGUAUUGAUGCAGGUUCACUAACUGUUGAGGAUUGUGUGGUCCAUAUUGAUCUGAAUUUGGCAAAAAUGAUUCAUGAAAAAUGGAAAGAAUCUAUUCUGAAGCGUCAGAGGAGAGAUGAAUCAUGUAACAUGUUUGCAGAAGGUUCUACUGAUUCUGUGAUUCAGCAGAUAGAUACAGAUGACACAGAAGUGCUAUUAUCUCAGAAUGCAGACAGUAAAAUACAGAAGAAAAAAAUGAGCUGGAUUUCGGGCUCAUCUAAUGACAUGCAGACUAAAAAAACAGCAACAUCAGACAUUUUUCCUUUUAUGGAUCACUGGAAUGCUCAGAUCCAGAAAGUUUCUCUCAGACAAAUAAUUUCUGAAGAAAUAGCUAUGCAGGAGAAAGAGGACCUGAAUCGCGUUCCCUCUAUGGCUAGAAAAGAUUGUGCCGCUAAACUAAAGGAGAAGCAACUUUUUGGGAUGUUUCCAACUAUUAAUCAAAGCUUCUUAAUGGAUAUCUUCAAGGACAACAACUAUUCUUUAGAGCAAACUGAACAGUUUCUGAACUGUGUUCUGGAGGCAGAUCCUGUAAAAACAGUUAUAGCUCAAGAAAGUGGUCAGCAAAAUGAAAUUCUUUCUUCCUGCAGUGCUGCAAAGAACCGGGAGAAGAAGGCAAAAAAAACUAAGGAAGAGGAUGAUCCUUUGAGUGAAGUAUUUCAAGAUUUUGAGUAUCCACAAUACAAUGACUUAAGAGCAGAAGCUUUUUGUCACCAGCAAAAGAGACAGGAAUGUUUGAAAAAGGCUGGGGAGGCCUAUCGCAUGGGUAUGAAGCCUGUGGCAGCAUUUUAUGCACACCAGGGUCACCUUCACGAGCAGAAGAUGAAAGAAGCCAACCAUGCUGCUGCUGUGCAAAUCUUUGAGAAAGUAAAUGCUGCCUUGCUGCCUAUGAAUGUGUUGGAUCUCCAUGGUCUUCAUGUGGAUGAAGCUGUGAAUCAGUUGUCCAGAGUGCUGCAGGAAAAAAGUGAAGAGUACCAGCAGACUGGUGGUAAACCAUAUCUCUCUGUCAUCACGGGAAGAGGAAGCCAUAGUCAGGGAGGAGUUGCUCGCAUUAGACCAGCAGCUAUCAGAUACCUCACAAGCCACAACUUCAGGUUCACAGAAGUAAAACCAGGCUGCCUGAAAGUCAUGCUGAAUUGAAGGGUUGUCAAGAAGCAAAGAGGGAUAUAGAAACUAAGGUGUCAGAUUACAGCUAAAAACUUCUUGAAGAACUGCAGUAGUAUUUUGUAAUCUGUUUUAAAGGACAGUAUUUUAUUAGAAAUG